AUGGCUAGCAGUGAUGAUGUACCACAGCAGUCUAUGGAAGACAAACCGGAAGACAAGAACAACAAAGGCGCUUCAGACGGCCAAUCCUCUCGAGGAUCAUCGCUUUCAUCUUCGCAAUCGGAAUCAGAAUCGCAAUCGGAAGAUGACAGCGACUCUGGUAGCUCUGAUCACUUACUGGAUGCCAAACAGUACACGAGUUGCAUACAAGAAGCCCAACUUACACCGGAUGGUAGCUGCGUUUUCACGUCGGAUUACAGCCGUCAAUUUUCCGUGUAUCCCAUCUCCAACGAUAUUUUGACCCAGAUCAGCCCUCAGCCUCUCACGCCCUACGCGUCUCUUCGCUCUGCCGAUCCUAUUUGGGCCUUUGCUGUCAAUCCGCUCUUCAGUUUACAAGAUGCUAGCAGUACGACUGUGCUCAUUAGUCGACGGGAUGCCUACAUCAGUCUGCAUAACGCCUUAUGGCCUACCUCACAGAAACACAGCGAAGACAAUCCAACCUCAGGGCCAGUAGACAUAUCCACCCCUCUAGCAUCCUACAAACUCAUCAACAAUCUGACUGAAGCCGUCGUUGCACCCCUCAGCCUCGCCUACUCCAUCGCCGGCACACAUUUCUUCGCCGGCUCGAAAGACGAAAUCGCCAUCUUCGAUCUUGUCGAGACCGAUAAGCCAAUCCACACAAUCCGCACCAUACCCGCCAAACGCAACAAACUCAAAGGCGGAGGUCGCGGCUUCAAAGGCCAGAUUUCCGCUCUGUCCCUCUCACCCCCCUCUCACACAUCACACGAUGGCAUUCUAGCAGCCGGCUCCCGCACCCGCUACAUCGGCAUCUACGAUCCCAUCGGCGGCACAGAGGUGACACAUUUCUCACUCCCAGGCACGGUCAAUGGCAUCAAAUUCCGCAACGAAGCCCUCCAAAAUGUCAUGGGCGAUGGCGUCACAUCCCUCAAAUGGAGUCCCUGCGGCAAAUACCUCUACGUCGCCGAACGCAGUUCAGACGUCCUUCUCAUCUACGACGUCCGCAACUUCUCGCUCACCCUGGGAUACUGUGCAGAAACUGGGUUUUGA